UAGAACCAUCAAACUCCACCAACACUUCUUUUUAUAAACAUGUUAUUAUAUAUCAAGUUAUAAUAUGAUUCUUAAUUAAAUAAAAAUAUAUCUUAUAAUUUUUGUUACAUUUUUCCUAGGAUUCUCUUUUUUUGAAAUGGGUUGGAAUAUAUACAAGGUCUUACUCUUAGGAAGUUUAGUUUUUUAGUAGCUUAGGUUACAUUGAUUUGUUCUUUCAAUAUAGAUUUACCCAAAGAAAUUAAUUACAAGGUAAUUAAUAUGAGUACUGCUAGAUUUAUCAAGUGUGUUACUGUUGGAGAUGGAGCUGUGGGAAAAACAUGCAUGCUUAUUUCCUAUACUAGCAACACUUUCCCUACGGAUUAUGUGCCAACAGUUUUUGACAACUUUAGCGCAAAUGUGGUGGUGGAUGGUAACACUGUGAACCUUGGCCUUUGGGAUACUGCUGGACAAGAAGAUUAUAACAGAUUAAGGCCUCUAAGUUACAGAGGAGCUGAUGUGUUUCUCUUGGCUUUUUCACUGAUCAGUAAGGCUAGUUAUGAAAAUAUCUAUAAGAAGUGGAUCCCAGAGCUGAAACACUACGCCCCAAAUGUGCCAAUUGUGCUAGUUGGAGCCAAAUUGGAUUUGAGAGAGGACCAGCAAUUCUUAAAGGAUCAUCCAGGGACAGCAGCUAUUACUACUGCUCAGGGUGAGGAGCUAAAGAAGAUGAUUGGGGCCGUUGUUUACAUCGAAUGCAGUGCCAAGACUCAACAGAAUGUGAAAACAGUGUUUGAUUCAGCAAUAAAGGUAGCAUUGAGGCCACCUAAAAUGAAGAAGAAGCAUGUAGGCCGGAGGUUCAAAGCAUGCACGUUCCUUUGAUACUAAGCAUUAUUGCUUUUAUUUUUAAUGCUCUUAUUAUUGUUCGUCUCAAGAACAUUGUAAACAAGCAAUAUUAUUUUUGCUAGUAAAAUUAAAUGCCUUAAUAUUCAUCACUUUUUUUAAUUUUUUUUUUUUUUUUUUUACUUUAUAAACAUGGCUCUUAGCAAUUUAGUCUUUAAGUGAUGACAUUAAUUAAUAGAGAAAUUAUUAUUCUUAUA